AUGGAUGUAGCUAAAUUAUCAUCGACAACGUCAUCAUGUCCUUAUGGCAACUGUUCGUCAGCCUGCAGCUGUACAAGAUGUCCAUGUUCUUUUAGAUCAAGUUUGGUGUCGGAAGGAUCAGCACUGAUAUUCCAUCCUGUAGCUACAUCGACACCAGCUUAUUCAGUCGAAUAUAAUACAUUAAGCAAACAGGAAAUAGCUGAAAAUGUAAAUCAUCUUUCAACAAAUCACUCUAUUAAUGUUCGGUGUUCAACAAUAAAUAAUCAACAACACUUACUUAAUAUGACACCAGGUGAGUCAAUGGAUGUUUUAUCAGGUAGAAUUGCAUUGAAUAAUCUUGCGACAUUGGAAACAGCUGUACGAGAAAAAUCAAAUGUCGAAAAAAAAAAUAAAACUCCUCAAGGUGAAAGUUCAGUUACAAAUAAAGAAGAUAAUGAUAGAUUCAAUCGAACAAAUUUUUCUUUUUUAGCUGCUGCUAUACUAAGGGAAAGUCUUCCAUAUGAAUACUUAACAUUCGGUAAGCAAAUGAGAGGCAAUAUUGAAUAUGAACUUCAACAGGCAAAGAAGCAAAAACGAAUGGAAUAUAAACCAAUAUAUGAUCCAACAACAUUCAAGUAA